GGAAGAAACGGCGUCCGGGGGGGGAACAGCCGGGAUCAGGACCCUCGGGGACACGGAAGGAGCCGUAUCUCGGCGGGCGCCGCCGCAUCGCAUCGUAUCGCCGGCGCAACAUGGACUUCAUGUUUGAGGAUGACAUCAGCAUCCUGACACAGGAGACGCUGGGGCCAGAUGAGGACUGGCUGGACAGCCCCAACACUGACCUCUCGGAUGAGAUGUGCUCAGCCUCCCACUUCGCCCUCAUCACUGCCUACAAUGACAUCAAGAACCGACUGACGGGGCUGGAACGGGAGAACUCCACACUCAAGCGCCGACUCAAGAUGUAUGAGGUCAAGUACCCGCUGAUCAGUGAGUUCGGGGAGGAACACAUCUUCUCCUUCUACGAGGCCAAGGAGAUGCCGCUGCUCAAGAGCGAGAAGGCAUCACUGCAGCAGCAGCUCAACCAGUUCCAGCACGAGCUGCAGAAGAGCAAAGAGCAGGAGGAGCAGCUGGAGGAGAUGAUCCAGGCCUACAAGAAGCUGUGCGUGGAGAAGGCUGACCUGGAGACAGAGCUGGGAGAGAUGCGGGCGCUGGUGGAGACGCACCUGAGCCGCAUCCGGAGUCUGGAGCAGCAGCUGCAGCAGCGCGACAGCAGCACUUUCUCUGGGCUGGGCACCCUGCUGCCAGGCCAGGAGGUGCCUUUCCUCACCCUGCACCCCAACCCCAGCCUGACCCACGUGCUGGAGCGCAGCGGGGGCUGGCAGAGCCAGGGGCUGGAGGCCAAACUGGAAGCAACACAGCAGGAGGCCCAGCGUGCUCAGCACUGUGAGGAGCAUCUCAAGGCCGAGUACGAGCGACUGCAGGUGGAGCUGAAGCACCUGCAGGACACCCAGGAGCAGGACCAGUCAGAGCAGGACAUGGCCUGGGUGAAGAAGGUGGGCGAUGACCAGGUGAACCUGAUGCUGGCCUACACGGAGCUGACAGAGGAGCUGUGUCGCCUGAGGAACCUCAGCUCCCUGCAGAGCCAGAUCCUCCGUACCCUGCUGCAGGAGAAGAGCCUCAAUGGCGGCCAGCGCCACUCCCCGCUGUCCCAGUGCCAUUCCCCGGCCCCGCAGCACCGCUCGCCCGCCCCACAGUGCCCCUCGCCCGCUCCACCGGGCCGUUCGCCAGCACCCCAGUGCCAGUCACCGGCUCUGCAAUGCCACUUGCCGGGACCUCCCAGCCAGUGUCCAGCCCAGCAGCGCUGCUCGCCGGCCCCCAGCCCCUGCCAGUCCCCUGCCCAGCAGCGUCGCUCCCCAGCACCGCCGUCCUGCCCAUCCCCGGCCUCGACGUCACCCCACCGGCUGCCCAGUGAGAGGAUGGAGCUAGGCUACGCCAAGCCCUCCAGCCACCACAUCAAAGCCAGCUUCCAGGGCUGCCGCAGCUACUCGGAAGUGAACAACAUAGCCCUAUACCAGCAGAGCCACUCCCUCUGGCUCCAGCCCGAAGCCUCAACGCUCCCCAAACACCGGCCCUAUGGAGAAGUGUACAUGGGGGGAGCAGGGGCAGGGGCCCCCCUGAGCUCCCACGAGCCCUUCGAGGAGCACGUGUGCUUCGAGAAGCAGUCGUCGGAUGAAGAGGAGUGGGCACUGCCUAGCCCUCCCAGCUCCGAGAGGGGGGCCAUCCGCUGUGCUUCUUUCUGCACCAACUUCCCCAGCCCUGACGCCAACGCUGCACACCAGACGGCCGCUGCCUACACCCAGGCAGAGCACGCUCAGUCCUGGCCCUCCAUCAAUCUGCUGCUGGAGACGGUGGACUCGGAGGUGCGAAGCUGCCCGCUGUGCCAGCUGGCCUUCCCCAUCGGCUACCCGGAUGAUGCCCUGGUGAAGCACAUCGACUCGCAUCUGGAGAACAGCAAGAUCUGAGCCUUCCCCCCCUUCCCUUCCCCAAUCUUUGGAUGCUGCAUGAAAACACACAAGGAGCAACACAACUCCUAGAAAUACCUCCAAGUCUUCACUAGCUACAGAAAGACUGAGCCUCCCCAACUUGGAGCCCCUGCCCCCCCCAUAAGUGGGCAGGGGCUUCUCUGCCUUGCCCCAUCCCUGCAUCCAUGCUGGGUUCAGAUCCUGGAAUUGGGGCACUGGGAUAACACCAUCCCAAGGGGCAACUGGAGGGGACCCAUCUGCACCUUCACGUGUCAUCUGCACCUUCGAGUGCUGCUGCUUGAUCUCAGGGAGGAGCUGAGGGACCAGAUCUUAAAUCCAGUCCCCGGGAAGCAGGUGAAGGGUAGGGCCUGCCCCUUCCCCAGCUCCUGGGGUUGGAGUUGGGACUGAGGAGGGAGAGGCAGCUACUUGUUCUCGGUCCUCCUCACCUCCUCCCACUGGUUCAAGCAUCAUUCUGCUCUUUCACACUAAAAUCACUCCCUCCCUCUUUCUCCUUCCUCCCCACAACGAUGCUGCUGAAAAACAAACCCUGAGAUGCAGCAUGGAUCCCCACACACAAUUGCACCAGGCUUCCAGGGACACUCCCUGACCCUGCCCCACACAGCCUGGAGACAGCACAGCCCAGCACCCCCCACGAGUCCCCCUUGCUUUAGCCCAGGUCUUCAGGUGCCUGCUCCUCCUGAGCCCCCUACCCUUCCUCCCUCCCCCCACAUUCAAUCUACCUCAAAGCCACCAGGAGAGGGGGGAUCCACAGCACUGUCCCCCCUGGCCGAGCUGCUCCACGCUGCAUGUCUUCCCCUGUGCCACAGCGGGCCCUCUUCCCCCACCCACCCCCAGGGGCUCGGCAGGCUGCAGCCCCCCCACUGCCCCGAGACCCCCAGGGAGGGGGGGAGCCCACACUCUCUGAGAUGCUGCUGACUCCAAUAAAACCUUUCCA